GAUGCGUGCCCAGCUGGACGGAGGGUAGUGAACUCCAGGUGCCUUUAGGAAUGGCUGCAAAAGCCCACACCUGGCAAUCACUCUCUGCCUGCCUCUCCCCGGCAGGUUGCAUUUGGGAGGCGCUCUGGUCAUCAGAGGAAUGAGCGUGGAGAGAGCUGUUUGCCAGCCCGCCAGCCCCUGGUGGGAAGCAGAGGCGAGGAUGGACGUGGUAGACAGCCUUUUUGUGAAUGGGAGCAACAUCACUUCUGCCUGCGAGCUCGGCUUUGAAAAUGAGACACUUUUCUGCUUGGAUCGGCCCCGGCCUUCCAAAGAGUGGCAGCCGGCGGUGCAGAUUCUCUUGUAUUCCUUGAUAUUCCUGCUCAGCGUGCUGGGAAACACGCUGGUAAUCACGGUGCUGAUUCGGAACAAGAGGAUGAGGACGGUCACUAACAUCUUCCUGCUCUCACUGGCUGUCAGUGACCUCAUGCUCUGCCUCUUCUGCAUGCCCUUCAACCUCAUCCCCAGCCUGCUCAAGGAUUUCAUCUUCGGGAGUGCCGUGUGCAAGACCACCACCUACUUCAUGGGCACCUCUGUGAGUGUAUCCACCUUUAAUCUGGUGGCCAUAUCGCUGGAGAGAUACGGAGCAAUUUGCAAACCCUUACAGUCCCGCGUCUGGCAAACAAAGUCGCAUGCUUUGAAGGUGAUUGCUGCUACCUGGUGCCUCUCCUUUACCAUCAUGACCCCCUACCCCAUCUACAGCAACCUGGUGCCUUUUACCAAAAAUAACAACCAGACCGGGAACAUGUGCCGCUUCCUACUGCCAAACGAUGUUAUGCAGCAGACCUGGCACACUUUCCUGUUACUCAUCCUCUUUCUUAUUCCCGGAAUUGUGAUGAUGGUGGCAUAUGGACUGAUUUCUCUGGAACUUUACCAAGGAAUAAAAUUCGAUGCUAUCCAGAAGAAAUCUGCUAAAGAAAGGAAGACAAGCACUGGCAGCAGUGGCCCGAUGGAGGACAGUGAUGGGUGUUACCUGCAGAAGUCCAGGCACCCCAGAAAGCUGGAGCUUCGGCAGCUGUCCCCCAGCAGCAGUGGCAGCAACAGGAUCAAUCGUAUCCGGAGCAGCAGCUCCACCGCCAACUUGAUGGCCAAAAAGCGGGUGAUCCGCAUGCUCAUCGUCAUUGUGGUCCUCUUCUUCCUGUGCUGGAUGCCCAUCUUCAGCGCCAAUGCCUGGCGGGCAUACGACACCGUCUCUGCCGAGCGCCACCUCUCUGGGACACCUAUCUCCUUCAUCCUCCUGCUCUCUUACACCUCCUCCUGCGUCAACCCCAUCAUCUACUGCUUCAUGAACAAACGAUUCCGUCUUGGCUUCAUGGCCACCUUCCCCUGCUGUCCCAACCCAGGUACCCCUGGGGUGAGAGGAGAGAUGGGAGAGGAGGAGGAAGGCAGGACCACAGGGGCGUCUUUGUCCAGAUACUCCUACAGCCACAUGAGCACCUCUGCUCCGCCCCCGUGAGCUGGGCCCGGGGCUACACAGUACAGCAGGAAGGAGGCCACGGGAGGAGGAGGAGAAAAGAAAGGAAAGGAGAAAGCAGGAGAAGCAGGAGGAGGCAGAAGCAAAAGAGAAGGAAGGCCCAGGUCCCCAAGGCCACCCUUUGUUGUCUGCAUUUUAUCCUUCUUCCAUUCCUAGAGAGGAAGCCCUGCUCCAAGGCUGUGACUUGGUUUCCAGGUAGUGCAGGCAGGAUAUUCUCGGAAAUGCCCACAGUCAGAGAAACUGAGGCAGGCUAGUGACAGGAGUCUACAGAGUCAUGCUGCAAAUCCAAUUGUCAAGCAUAUGUUCAAAUGCAGAUGUGGACCCUACAGAGCAUUAGGCAGUUCUGGAACACCCCACAUCACUCUCCAGAGUGACACCUUUCUAUAGUCUGCUGCUUCUGCUUGUGCAGAGCUGCGGGGGCUGCUGUGUCCCAGGAAGCCCACCGCUCUUUCGAGUACCUGCUCCAACCACCCGUCUUCCUGAGGCCGCGUACUAUGGCCACGUUCUGUAGGAAGAAACCAGUCUGGUGUUUUUCAUCUCGAACUUUGGUCGAAGGCAUUCAGAAACAUAGGCUUGUGUCAUCAUCGGAAUGACAGAAGGAAUGUCCUAAAGAAUGUCAUUAAGAGAGCUCAUACUUCUACAAAGAAAAGAGAUUAUAAGGUGAAAAGCUGCACGGAAUAGUAUCUCCCUGUAAGGAAUGCUAAGAGCAGCAGAUGGCGCAUUGCGAGUGCUUUCUGCUUCUCCUUUCCGUGGUGAUUUUAAACCCCAUUACUUCAAUGCCUCAACUUGAUUGCCCAUGUGUAUCUCCAGUUCCUCUUCUCCAGAAAGAUCUCCAAGUACAAAGGAGAGUUGCAAACAUUAUGUACCUAGCCACAAGUCUUAAACAGGUUUGAUCGGGUCCAGAAACGAAACUGGCAUAAAUGGACUCAAUUAACAAAUAGCUUUUGAAUGCCAAAACCAUCUGUGCUUUUAAAUAUAACUUAGUAUUUGCUAAUAAUUUGUUAAUUUUAUGUGCAUAUAUAUAAACCAACCAUAUAAUUAUGUUUUUUACACAUAAGUGUACUCUUUGGGGCAUUAAGAACAAAGAAUUCUCGAGAAAGGUUGGAAUUCAGCAAGUGUUACCCAUUUUAUGUUCCUGCAUAAAAAAAGGGGUUUUGUGUGACCUUUGUUUGCAAAAUUAAUUUGAGAAUCUCUCUCUACUAAAUUAGAAAUCUCAAGUUAAAGUAAGAUACAAGUUAUACAUUCAGAUACCAGGGAAGUUCCCUCUACAGUAUGUAUCAGUCCAAUCUGCCAAGAUUUUUUUUUCUGAAGAGCAACAUUGUCCUAUCUGCUAAAAUAAGUCAGUAUAGACCCCUCUGAUAGGAGCCAGUUUGCUUAAGGGUACAAGAAGUAAACAGACACAGAAAAAACAAAGGAAGUUUGUAGCUUCGUGCCUCCAAACACCUGAGAAAUGGGUUGUUUUCUGCUUGGCCCAUUGGGAUCAUCAGUACACUGACCUCAGCUGACAACUGUGGGGUGAUUUCAUCCAUCACCUCAAUCACCACCACCAAAUCUCAGUGUGGAAGGAAGGGGGAGUGACGAGAGGUGAUGGGGUGACAGGUAUUGUAUCAUUUCACAAGAUGCGGAUGUCACAUGAGCUUCCUAGUGUGUAACAGUCAUCAGCUAGGAAGAAAUGGAGAAUGUGACCAUUCCAGGGGACUUUUCAAGCCAGACUGUCCCUUCUCGGACCAGAUCUUAUUUUUCUUUUACCAACUAGCUCAAGGUACCUGAGGAAAAGUUUAACUAACUACAAGGCUCAUUGCCAUAAUUGUCGUGAUAAAAGGUAUACAAAAGAAACAUCAUCAGUAGUUCAGUGUGUGUUACAUUAGCUACAAUUUUCCUGCCAGAAGAAUAAGUCUCCCCCUCAUACAGUAUUAACAUAAUUAAAACAAAUCCCCCAGUUAAUAAGAACUUCUGGAAUUUCCCAAGAUCUAUUAGUCUAAAAAUAAGGUCCCCCAGCCUAGCUAAUGAAAGUACAAGCUCCAAACUAAUUCUCAUUUCAGAGAAGCAAUGAAAAAUUUCUAGCUUCACUAUGUCCCAUGCCCUAAAAUACAAUAUGUAUUUUAACUGGCAACCCUACUUCAAAAUAUUUAAAAAUAUGAAGUUGAUUUUCCAGAUAUAGCACAAUAAAACUCCUUUGCUCUUUAAUUUAUUGGAAGGUCUUUUGCUUAAUGAAAGUCUUUUUUUAAAGCAAAAAAAAAAAAAAAAACUAUUAACUUUCAGGAUCUGUGUCUGACCUUUGGAAGACUCUAGUUUUACUGACUUUUAAAAAAAUUAAUAUAAUAAUAUUCUCAUACUCUGUUAACUGGCUUUAUUUCAUGCUAAAGUAGAUUAGGUACUAAGUGGCCAUAGAGUAAAAAAAAAAAAAAAAAAAAAAAAAAGCAAGUAUCAAUUUUCUGGUAUUUUCUAGUGGCUUCUGGUAGUCUCCUCCAUUCCCUGAGUGGUAAAUGAGGACACUGGAAUGGAGAGUUGCAUCUUUGUCCUUUAAUUAAAUUGUGUGUAUCAGUGGCUUUUUGCAUCCCCAUCACCGUGGUAACCUCUCCUAAUAAACCUGUGGUGGUGAAUGAGCAGGCUCUGUGUUUCUAAGGCUCAGUUACACUCAUCCCUGUAUGCUUAACAGCUGUCCCCCUCCUUCAAGUAAAAUGCAAUCUUCAAGAGGUAAGCGACAGUGGCUGUGUUUCCCCAAUAACCCCCACAGCGGAAGUGCUCAAUAAAUGUUGUGAGUGACCAUUGUGA